CGCAAACGCGAUACGCACUCACUGGGUCUCUGGACAGAAGAGGGUCGCUCAUUGCGGUAAAAAAAAAUAAACAUAGUAAACACUAAAGACAGAGGGAGUUUCUUUUCUACACCGACAGUGCUGCUUUAAACAACAUAGGAGGAUACUAUUUAUUCACAGGUGAUUGUUCGACCCAAAGAUGAAUUUUGAGCAGCCCCCUCCAUACCCAGGCAGUGGCCCCACUGCUCCAGGCUACCCAGCCCAGGGCCCACCUCCCCAAGGCUACCCACCCCAGGGUUAUCCUCCACAGGGAUACCCUGUGAACAUGGAGCAGCCUAAUUCAUCUUACCCUAACUACCCUGCUGGACCAAUGGGCCCCGGAGGUCCUUAUCCUGGCCCAGGACAGCCUCCCUAUGGGUACGCUGGACAACCACAACCACAGUUCGGCUGGCAGGGGGGACCCCCUCCUGGACCCAUGUACGGGGAAGCUCCCAAAAACACAGUGUACGUGGUGGAGGACAGGAGAAGAGACGACACAGGAGACACAUGCCUGACAGCCUGCUGGACAGCUCUGUGUUGCUGCUGUCUCUGGGACAUGCUGACAUAACUACUCCCCAACUGUUCACCCCCAUUACCCCCCUUGCCCCCUAUUUCUGUGCCUCAGGCCCCAACCACCCUCCUCCCCUACCCCAAAUCUGCCUUAAACCGUGCACUCCCUUAAAACCACCUCCUCCAUUUCCUCUACAAGUCUUUUCCCUCGUCUAUAAAUAAAAGCCUCGAUCCCAUAUGGAAGUCUCUGUCUGGAGCCAUUUACUCUACCUUGACAAGAAGUCCUCAGCGCUGACUGACUGACUCUGUCCAGGGGCUACUCUGUAGCAGCUUGUAACUGAGCUUCUAAACAUAACCUGAAUUUCAGGCUCUUCGUUGUAAUCUUACACCAAUACACCACAGGCACAGACGCACACACACACACACCACGGUAAAUACACACACACAAACAGUAUACUUGGAUCUCAGGCUCAUCUAGUGUGAGGCUCUUUGGCACUUUAUGACGAUUACCUCUGUAAGAUAGUACUCCUGCCUGCCCUGUUAACCAUCUCCAACCUUCCCUAACCCUCCUCUUCAGCUGUGCUACUUCCCAUCGCCAAAGGCAACCCCCUUACCCCAGACCCUCCCCUAUAACCCAAAGGCCACCCAGACCCCGGCUGUUAAUGAGCCACAGGGCGCUCUUAAAAAGCUGAUGCUUGAAAUGUAUCCCUUUCAUUUGCACAGAAGCUGUUUUUGCCGACGUUAAUGUCUUCAGGUGGAAUCAAUAAGUGGAAUGCAUUUUUAAAGAUGACACUGAUUUAUGUUUGAUUACUGUUACAGUCGAUGGCCACAAUUUUUUUUUCAUGGUAAUCUUGAUAUGAGAAAAAAUAUUCCAAUGUUAUUUUUAUUACAUACCUUGGAGAUAAAACUGAAAAUCUGAAAAAAAAAGUUGUGAUUGAUUACACAAGAAACCAAAUGACCUGUCAGAUGCCUUUUUUUGCUUUGGAUGAGAAACUUGCAUUAAAAUAACUUAUUCCCAUGAAA